UGGCGAAGGAGCAUUCUCUACCAAAUUAUCAUUGCACAAAAUGCGUCCUCGGCUUCUGUCCGGUAGCUGCACCUCAAGUAUCUUCAUCGCUCUCAAUAUACUCUGUCUGUGUCUGCCUAUUUCUGGUACUCAAGUCUGCUGGGAAUGUCGAUCGUUAGACUUGCAAGAAGCUGCAGGAGUCGGGCUGUCACUAUCCCCUGACUAUGGAUCCGUUUCUCUUGUUUUCACCAAUGGAUCAUCGAUGAGUGCUGGAAUCAUUCCUGGGACACCUGGGUACCUGGCUGCAUUGAUAGAUCUCUCAAGGAUGGACAUGCCCCAGAAAUCAAUGCGCCCACACCAUGACAUACGCUUGGAGCCCGAGACCAGCAAGAGCACGACAUCUUGGAUGUCUGUGUGGCGUUCAUUCUUGCAACAAUUCCACUCCCACACCCUGCCAAACCACCCACAGAGCCUCUCGCCCACUCUCGAGCCAAUAUCAGAUAUGAUUCGAGCUUUAUUCGCCGUUGCGUCCACUAUCCACCACCUUCAGCAUCGCACUGCAUUCCUCGCCAUUCCUAAUUUCGUCAUGGAUUCGACAUAUGCCCUCAGCCUUAUUGAUCCGCUCCUUUCAGGUGCUGGGCUGCACGGCUUCCAUUCUAGGUGGUGGGAUGAGUCCAGAGCGGCCCUCCUCGGCCUGUACCAGCUCCAACACUGUUAUGGAAUCCACGUCAAUGAAACGCAUCAGAUUCCUGACAUCGAGUGCGAGAAGUAUAACGGUCGCCUCAUCCACUCGUUCCUCAGCAUCCAACUUGAUGCAAGUUACUUUGGCCUCCACCAAAUGUACCGUAAUGACGGACUGAUCGCCAUCUCUGAAAAUAUGACAGAAGAUCAUUUCGAUCGUGGUACUAACUCGCUAAAUGCUCAAGAUCCUGAUCAGUAUUGGGGCUGGGUCAAAGACCGUGUGUCUUAUUUCUCGCGACACGGUGCAGAGCCAAUAGAUCUCCUCAUUCUGCAUGGCACCGGGGUGACACGACCGGAAUUUCUGCAGCUCGUCCAAGAGGUUUUCGCCCACAAUGACAAGAUCAAGCCAGAGGAAUACCUCCGUACAGCAGAGGAGCACGCCUACGCUGCCUCCAAGGGCGCUGCGCAAAUCGCCAAGACGGGUAUGUGGACGAAUUUCGAGCACUGCAUUCCCAGAUAUGGCUGUCCUCUCAGCGAACACGCUCCGCCGGAAUUUCAAUGGCACCAAGCAGAGCAGGAGCCUCGAGAAGAGUGCAGAGAAGAACUUUGAAUUGAGAUCAUGUUUACUGUUUCACGCCAGACACGCCAUGUGGAUGUGUCAGAGACACAUGUCUCGCGGUCCGGCAGCGUCAACGGGGGAGAGAACACAUUCGAGACAAGCUGUGGACUACUCUGCGCGGCCUCACAAGAGAAUACGCCCAGGACAGAUUUGAACCUGACUUGGGUCAACACCGCGCCGGCCAUUCAACCGUCUGUUGACCCAUUGCACGUGUGGCACGUUUGCACACUGCAAUGCAUUGUUUAUCAAGUGUAAUUCCGGUCUACGAAUACGUGGUGUUUAUGGCGAUAUAUAAAUGUUUCAUGCGGAUCAACACGGAGAAGAACACUCAUCGAGUCAAAUACAAAAGGGGGAUCCGGAUUCAUCUCACAUGGGGGUUCGAGUGGGAAAGACUGUACGCACUCUUUUGGCGCGAAGACUUGGCUUUUGGGACCUUUGGCAUACGCUUUUGGGUCACUCAUCGACGACCGCGCAAAGUUGCUGUAAAAACCGCUAUAAUCUGCUAUAGUCAUUCUGUUUCCGCUCGAAGGCACGUC